AUGCAUAUCAGCAAGUUCCUCGCUCUCCCACUCGUUGCGGUGGCUGCUGUGUCCGGGCUGGCCGUUGGCCACCCGGAGAACACAGAGUCAGGACACGGCCUGUCCAAGCGCAGCUGCUACCUCGGCGGCGUUGAAUGGGGCAAUGAAGUCGGAUUGGCGAUCAACGCUGUCGACAAAGCCUGCCGAGACAAGCUUAUUGGCAGUUACAAGGGCAAGUCGGAGCGCUCGGCGUGCUACAACCUGGGCUCGCGGAAGCGUGUCAACUUCAAUGUGCGCCGUUGGGCCGACUCUCCGGCUGACUUGACCAUUGAUGACUGCAUCAAGUACCUCCGGCUCGAGAUCGUGGGUUGUGACAUGGGUGGUAUGAGCUACCAAGGGAACUGGAGAUUCAUGUCCGACCCUAACUCUGGAGGUUGUUCUUAA